AGGACGCGGGGUUGGUGGGCGGGGACCGGGUGGGUGCUUGGCAGCACUCGGUGACAUCUGGAGCUCGCGGGCCGCCGGGACCCCCCAGACUCCACGCCAUGGCGCGCGCGGGCGCCGCGGGCUCUCACCUCUCCGCGGUGGGCCUGGACAUUUUCGGGGACCUGAGGAAGAUGAACAAGCGGCAGCUCUAUUACCAGGUUCUGAACUUUGCCAUGAUCGUGUCGUCCGCGCUGAUGAUCUGGAAGGGCCUGAUCGUGCUCACGGGCAGCGAGAGCCCCAUCGUGGUGGUGCUGAGCGGCAGCAUGGAGCCAGCCUUCCACAGAGGGGACCUCCUGUUCCUCACCAACUUCCGGGAAGACCCCAUCCGCGCGGGCGAGAUUGUUGUGUUCAAGGUGGAAGGACGAGACAUCCCCAUUGUGCACAGAGUGAUCAAGGUCCACGAAAAAGAUAACGGCGACAUCAAGUUUCUGACGAAAGGAGACAAUAACGAAGUGGACGACAGAGGCCUGUACAAGGAAGGCCAGAACUGGCUGGAGAAGAAGGACGUGGUGGGCCGCGCCCGAGGGUUUUUACCUUACGUCGGCAUGGUCACCAUCAUCAUGAAUGACUACCCAAAAUUCAAGUACGCCCUGCUGGCAGUGAUGGGUGCCUACGUGUUACUGAAACGCGAAUCCUGAGAGGAGAAGCAGCAGUUUCGCGAGCCAGGUGGAGCUGAAUUCUGUGGUGAAAGAGAAUAACUAAUAUAUUCGAAAGGUUUCACUUUCUGUAUAAAAAGGAAACAACACGAAGCUU